UCGGCUCCGGCCCGCCCCGCGCGGCAGGAAGGCUGGGGGCGCCGCGGGCCAGAGCGCGCUGUGCCGCCGCCACCGCCGCCGCCACCGCCACCGCCGCGAGCACCGCGCGUCUCCGGCUCCACGCGCCGCCAGCGUCCGGCCCUCCGCGCCCCGUCGCCAGCCCAGCCGCCUGUCCGCGGAGCCCCGGGCCGCCGCCACCACGCCGCGCGCCGUACUCCGCGUCAAGAAUGGGGCGGCCAAGCUGCCCAAGCCGCCCGCCGCCGCCGCGGCCGAGGCUCCUGGCGCGGGCGCCGGCAUGGAGCGCUCCCAGAGCCGCCUCAGCCUGUCCGCCUCCUUCGAGGCGCUCGCCAUCUACUUCCCGUGCAUGAACUCCUUCGACGAUGAGGACGCAGCAGACAGCCGGAGGCUGAAGGGUGCCAUUCAGAGGAGCACAGAGACAGGACUUGCCGUGGAGAUGCCCAGCCGGACACUGCGCCAAGCCAGCCAUGAGUCCAUCGAGGACAGCAUGAAUAGCUAUGGCUCGGAGGGCAAUCUUAACUAUGGAGGUGUUUGCCUGGCUUCAGAUGCCCAGUUCAGUGACUUCUUGGGGAGCAUGGGACCAGCACAGUUUGUGGGCCGCCAGACCCUGGCUACCACACCCAUGGGGGACGUGGAGAUUGGCUUGCAAGAGCGGAAUGGCCAGCUGGAGGUGGACAUCAUCCAGGCUCGGGGUCUGACUGCUAAGCCAGGCUCCAAGACACUGCCAGCUGCCUAUAUCAAGGCCUAUCUGCUGGAGAAUGGUGUCUGCAUUGCUAAGAAGAAGACCAAAGUGGCCCGCAAGUCACUGGACCCGCUCUACAACCAGGUGCUGCUGUUUCCUGAAAGUCCUCAGGGCAAAGUCCUGCAGGUGAUUGUGUGGGGAAACUACGGGCGGAUGGAGCGGAAGCAGUUCAUGGGUGUGGCCCGGGUGCUGCUGGAGGAACUGGACUUGACCACCCUGGCUGUGGGCUGGUACAAGCUCUUCCCCACCUCCUCCAUGGUGGACCCAGCCACAGGGCCUCUGCUCCGGCAGGCAUCCCAGCUGUCCCUUGAGAGCACCGUGGGGCCCUGUGGCGAGCGAUCUUAAUGCCAGGAGUGGGGAGGGGCUCCCCGAGAUGGCCUGGAGACCACCCAGCCCUGACCUGGGACCCAAGGCCCAGGAACGCAUUGGACAUUGGAGGAUGGGGUGCUUCCCCACAGUGGGGAAGCAGAAUGGGGAGACCUGCCCCCCUUGGGCCCCUCCUCCUUCACCUCCUACCCCUGAGACCUUCCCUCUCCCAGUGGGUUGGCUACACUUUUGACUUGGCCGGUUUUGACCUGGUGGGUGAGGCUACAGUCAGAGAAGGACUGAGGUGGCGGAGCAAACGACUCUCCUGCCCCACCCCCACCCCACCUCACCCCUUUUGCCUCCUUGGAAGCUCGCUGCCCAGAGCCAAGUCCAGAGCCAAGCCGGCCAUCUCCAUGGUGCCAAUUACCAGCAAGUGUCUUUCCUGCGGCACCGGGUUCAGGCAGCUACUCCUGCCCCAGAGCUGACGGGGCAGUUUGCAAGGAUCCGGAGCCAGCUCCCGGGGGUCCAGAGCUCCCCACUUGAAGGGGAGUGUGGGUCUCCCUCUGCCUGCCCGUAGAAGGAGCUUUGCCGCAGCCUGUCUGAGUCCAUCCAUCCAUCCCUCCUGCCUGCCCCUCUGCUGUAAGCUCUAAGAAUUGGGGGCCAGCAGAGAUCCGAGGAAAGGAGGAGGUGCCUGAGGCCGGGCACAGAUCCCCAGGGGUCCUUGCUCCAUGGGAUUGCAACAAGCUGGUCUGGAGCUCUUGGUGGACUGGAAAGGACAUAAUCAUCUGUGAUAUGGUGGAGGACUGUGGGACCUGAGUUUCCAGAGCCCUGCACACAGGGCUCUCAUAUGUAGGGGUAGUGGGAGCCAAGCUUUGAAGAAAGCUGGAUUAAGUUUAAUGGCACCAAGGUACGGGUUUCCCAAACAGGAGAACCCCUCUUUGUUGGAUGAGAUCAAAGGUCAUCUUGUUUCCUUCUGCCUCUGGUCUAGGGUCUUGGGGAGGCAUUAGAACCUCUCCCAUUUUAGUCUUUUUAAAGAAACCAUCCUGUAUGAAGGGCAGAAGCCACGGCCCGGCCUCAUCACCACAGUUCCAGGAGGUCCAAAGGGAGGGAUGCAGAGCUAGGAAUGUAAGAAUUAGAGGCUCCGAUGAAGCCUGGGUAGCUGCCUUCCUGUGGCCCUCCCUAGGGCCUGCAGGAGCCCUUUUGCAUGCGAGGGAGGACACAGUCUGGCCCCUGUAGAAGCACAUUUCUAUCACUCUCCUGGGAGCCGCCCAGCAGCCCACCACUCCUCACCUCGCCCCUGCUGUGUAGGGUGUAGUCCAGGCUAGCUGGGUAAUUAGUGUUCACCCCAGGCCUGCUCUUAGCUCAGAUGUAGUCUUUUUUCAAGCCCCAGGCUGGGGGUAGAGGGGAGACCCCAGUUACAUUCCACAAGAUUGAAGCCUCUCUCUCUAGCCUGGGCUGGGUGGGCUGCCUGGCUCCCCAAAGGCCAGCCCUUCCACCUUCUUCUCCCUGCCUUCCUCCCUCCUCCUGUACAGGGUUGUAGCCCUAACUAUCCAUUAUACUCAGAAUUCUAGGGAAAUACCCUUGGUAUUGAUUUUCUUUAGGAUGCACACCUGAGGAUUACUGGGCCUUGUAGAGGGGUCUGGACUCCAUUAGAGGGUGUCAUUUUCCACUGAGGAUGCCAGGGCUCUGUUGAAUCCCACCUUGUUCCUGGUUCCCCUACCAGGGAUUCCUACCACUUGGAAAUUCUCCCCAUUCCCUGCCUGGCUAAGCUCUGAGCGCCCUUUAGGGUUCUGGUCCAGUUUGUCACCUCCAUAUGGAGCUGUGCAGGAAAGGAAGGGGCUGCACAGGCUCCUCUUCUGCAAUUGGUCUUCAGAGUGUCCUUGAGACCGUGGAGGGGCAGGCCCUUUGGGACAAGGGAGCAGGGCUCUGGAUGGGCUCCCAUUUGAGGCCCACAGUUAGCCAUCACCCCAUUUUUUCAACCCGUGUGAUAUCUCUGCAGUUAGGUUAUUACUCACUGUUUGGAAUAUUUUGAGCCAGGAGAGCAUCUUCUCUCUCCAGCUGUCACUGCUGUGGUUGUUCAGGAAGGGACAGAGCUGUCAGAACCAGAGGAGGAAGGGCUCAGCUCUGAUUUGUCAGAGAGAGAGAGAGAGAGAGAGAGAGAGAGGAGCACAAGCUCCAAAGCAAUAACAACACCCUGGGGUGGUCAGUGAGGCCUCCUCAGUGAUUUUCUUGUUUGUUCUGUGAAAUCUCACUCACCUCCUGGAGGGGUGGAGUGGGGGGCUGGAGCCCCAUUUCUUUGUGUCAUUGUAAGCUGUAAGCGUGUGCCCCACCUACAAGGGACUCUGACCACUGGCUGUGGAAACCGUGUCAGUCCUCACCGAGAACUGGACAGGGCUUGGGGGAGGGAGAGGAUCUUCAUCCUUAGCUUUGGGAUUAUCAAGCCCAGCCUGUCGUCACUGCUGUCUGACCCUCUGUCACCUCGAAUCUACCACCUGAAGAGGAGUAAAAAGGUGGAGUUGGGGGGCCUCUCUGGUGCUGGGUCUCUAGGGGUGUUUCUUUAUUUCUCUGAACAGAGGCUACAUACAGGACAGCCAUGAAGGGCCAUCUCCAUUAUCCUUUCCCAGAAUGCCUCUGCAUUCUGAAGGGCAGGGCCUGUGGAUCUUUAGUCCAUUUGCACUUUGAAAAAACAAACAAACAAACAAAAAAUACCAAGGCCCUGCCUGAGGAGAGUCAUCCUGGGGCCAUUGGUAUGCCCAGUGGCCCUUCCACCUAGAUAUUCUCUUCAUGUCUCACGCUGAGCUGGAGCCAGGGCAGGAUGAAGGGGGACAGCCAAGUCUCAUCCUCUCUACUUUUCUUUGAAGCCUGCCUCCUGCUGGCUCCAAAUUAUGGCAGGACAAACUGUAGCCAAUCUGAGAAGUUAGGAAACCCAGGCCUCUCAGCAGUAUGCAUGGGGGGGACAGAGCUGGGAACUGCAGCAGGGGACCAGCGCUUGCUCUGGGGACAGGUCAUCUGCCACCAUCAUCAUUUCUAGCUUCUGAGCACAGGUGGCACUGCCCUCCUGACUCUCUCUCUCUCUCUUCUGGGCUAGCGCCUUUCCUAAGCUUGAAUUGGGAGAAGAGGAGGUGCCAGGGUGGCUGGGAUCUCCUGGGCAGUCUCCCCAGUGAUCCUGAGCUGAAGGAUUUGCUCUAGGUCUUUUGUUCUGCAGGUCCAGCUGACAGUGGGUGGGAAACACAAGCUCCCACCUGGAUUUGUAGAGUGGGGGCUCCUCGGGAAGAUCUCGCUCACCUUCAGAAGGAGUAGCACCCCUUCUCAUAGAACUUCCCACAAUGUGUCCCCAGUGAUUUUACUCUGACCCUCACAAGAGCCCCAGAUAGCGAGUGGAGGGAGGUCUAUGUUAUCAGCUGUAUUUUCAGGAAAGGGAGGUGGAGGUCCUGAGAGGUGCUGGCUUUGACAGUGACUGAGCACCAGCCACUCUCUGGUGGUCCACAGCACAGGCUGCAGCAUACAGUUGGGGUAGUUAAAACUUUUUACAAGCAAUUCACCACUGGGUUCCUGAAGGCAGGAGAUUCUGGAGCAGUUUGAGGUUCAGAAACAGCACAGCACCCCACACUCUCCCAAGGCACAGCUGUUGCACCAGGCAAGGUCACCUGCAUUUAUUUAUUGAGCAACAGCACUACACUGGGCCCAGAGCCUUGAACCCCCUUCCUGUCUCUUGCAAUGGCUCUCUUGGACCUCCAAGAGGGUCUGUGUCUGUGAAACAGGACCUUGGUGGAUGGAGAGUUUCUGCAAGCUUACCUGGCAAGCCCCAAGGGUGUUUCAUCUCAGUAAGAGAGCCUGUGUGGGCUAGGUGGAGGCUGGGAGCAGAGGAGGUGUUACCUCUGAGCCCUUUGUGUCUUCCCCACGAGGUGGCAGGAAGGUGGGACCCUGGAAUCCUUGGGCUGGGAGCCUCCCUCCAUCUACCCACCUUCCCCUGUGCCCUCUUGGGGAGCAGGAACAGCCUGGUCCUUCAAGGAGGGAGGGUUUUGGGGGUCUCUGAGUUGGAGUGGGUCACAUUGCAUUGUGUUCAUGACCACAUAGCUCAUGUUGGAAAUUAAAGUUUUUGGCUUUUUUUAA